AUGGCUGUCGAAGACCAGGCGAAAACCCCAACGGACGUCGUCCACGAUGAAACCAAAGCUGAUUUGAGUGAUGGACAUCUCGACCGCGAGAUGGCGGCGCCUGACGAGGCCAACGUGAAGAUGGGUCCCCGUGUCUACCUGGCACUGCUGGCUCUCGCGCUCACCUACGAAGCGGCUCUGUUCUCCUUUGUUGUCCCAUCGGCCGUUCUCCUGACCAUCAACAACGAUCUUGGCCCCUCACCCGAUUUCACCUGGAUUAGUACAACAUGGUCACUGUCAAACGCCAUCCUACAAUCCAUUGCCGGGAGGUUCACCGACAUCUUUGGACGCCGAUACUUUCUCAUUGCCGGCAGUGUACUUGGCUUUGUUGGAACCUUGGUGGCGGGACGUGCAAACACAAUCAGCACUGUCAUCGCUGGUACAACACUGAUGGGUGUUGGCGCUUCGACACAGCAGAUCGCCUAUGCAGCGGCCUUUGACAUUGUCCCAAGGAAACAUCGCGGCACGGUUCUUGCGGCCAUGAACUUUGCGGCCUUGCCAGGCUCCAUGUUCGGCGCAGUCAUCGGUUUCAAUAUUGUCAAGACCUUGACCUGGCGGUACACCUUCUACUUCGGCUGCCUGGCAAAUGGUCUUUCCUUUCUCACCCUCGUCUGCUUCUAUUGGCCUCCUGGCUGGGUUGGUCUUCACCCGGACGGCAAAUCUCGAAAGCAACAAAUCCGAGAACUUGACUAUGUCUGUGUUGUCCUCUUUGGUGGAGGUUUGAUCGCUUUUCUCCUGGGAGUUGGCUGGGGUGGCAAUCCCACCCCAUGGAUUAGCGCAAAGGUCCUUGCACCACUAUUAAUCGGCGCCGUGACGCUUAUUGUGGCCGUGCCACUCUGGGAAAGAUACAGCGACCCCAAGAUCGACAAACUCUUCCCCCCUGAGCUGAUGACCAGGUUCAGAACGGUCGUUUUGCCCCUUGUUUGUUUAUUCUGCAACGGGGUUGUGCUGGUGAGCUUUCAAGUCUUCUGGCCUCAGCAGGUUCAACGCUUGUUCACAACCGAACCGGGUCGGGCUGGCUGGUUAAGUUUCUGCAUGAAUGGCGCUGGAACCAGUAUGUCUUCUUUUCCGAGCCGAACAAACUCCUCAUUCCCUGGUGCUGAUAUGGUUACAGCGGGAAUCAUCGUGUCCGGCUCGCUCUUUGGCAUAAUCAAAUACACCAAAUAUCAAUUGAUCGUCUACGCGGUUUUCCAAUGCGCCUUUACUGCUGCAAUGGCAUCGAUCACCAGGGAUUCCCUGGCGAGAGCUGUUGUUCUCUGCCUGAUUGCGAAAUUUACCAUAGCCGGAAGUAGCAUAAUCGCAACGCUGUUCGUGCAGUUCGGGGCUGGCGAUACCCGCCUUGGUGCCGCGACUGGAAUACGUGGCACGCUUAUAAGCGCGGGGGGUUCCAUUGGUCUCGCGAUUUGUACAUCGGUGGUUGGGAACAAAGUCAGAGAGUCACUGUCGCCAGCUUUGGUCGCCGCUGUAGUGGAUUUGGGGCUGCCUGCAGACUCGGUGGCAGGCUUCAUCACUGCCUUCGUCUCCGGCAAACCGGGUGCCCUUGAUGCCGUCAUAGGAGCGACUCCUGAAGUGAUAGAGGCUGCCACCCGUGCCUCUCAAGCGGUCUAUGCCGACGCUUUCUCUCUCGUGUACUUGAUCACGAUCGUGUUCACAGGGGCGGCAUUGAUCUGUACUUUCUUCAUUCCCAGUGUCGACCAUCACCUGACCAAGCAUACCGCUGUCCAGCUCGACAAGGCCCACAUUGUUGGACAUGGUGAAGGUGAAGCUAAGGUGUUCAGGGAGGAAGACAGUGAGGACGGUAUUGAGAAAAAGUAG